GCCGACGCUGACCGAGACAACACCGGCCAGCCAUCCCUGCACAAAACCAAGUGCCCAACGCCGCGUACCGCCGCGACAGCCACACCAGCCAGCCAGCGCCCAAAAACCCACCGCGUCUGCGCCUCACCCAAUUUCGAUUUUUGAACCACCCAACCAACCAACCGGAACCUCCAUCCCUCGCCACCGUCGUCCGGCCGCGAGAAGCGCAAGAAACCGUCGCGGGAGGAGGAAUCUGAAGCGCGCGGCGAGAGGAGCGGCGGCGGCGGCGACCGGGGUCCGGCGAUGGAGCGGUACCACCCCUCCGAGGUCUACGAGCUCUUCGUGCGCCACAUGAACACCCCGAGGGUGGUGGUGGACAACGGCGCGUGCGAGACGGCGACGCUGGUGCAGGUGCACAGCGCGCGGAAGCACGGCGUGCUGCUGGAGGCGGUGGCGGCGCUCUCCGACCACGCCGUCUGCGUCCGCAAGGGCUACAUCUCCUCCGACGACGGCCGCUGGUUCAUGGACGUCUUCCACGUCACCGACGCCGCGGGACGCAAGGUCGCCAACACCGACCACCUCCUCGCGCGCCUCGAGUCCGCGCUCGCCGCCGCCACCUCCGCAUCACCAACCUGCUCGUCCGCGCGCGACUCGCCCCCAGCGGCCAGGCUCUGCCUGCUGGAGCUGCUCGGCGUGGACCGCCCGGGCCUCCUCUCCGAGGUCUUCGCCGUGCUGCACGACCUGCGCUGCGGCACGGUGGACGCGCGCGCGUGGACGCACGGCGGCCGCGUGGCCGCGCUGGUGUUCGUGCGCGACGAGGACACGGGCGCGCCCAUCGCCGAGCCGGCCCGGAUCAGGCGCAUCGAGUCGCGGCUCCGGCACGUGCUCCGCGGCGGCGCGCGCGGGGCCCGGACGGUCCUGGUCGACGCGGGGGCCGUCGGCAGCCUCGACCGGCGGCUCCACCAGCUGCUCAACGAGGACGGGGAGGCCGGCAGGCGCGCUCCCGCGACGCAAACUCCGGCGGUGGCCGUGCAGGAGUGGGGCGAGCGGGGGUACUCCGUGGUCACCGUCAGCUGCCGCGACCGGCCCAAGCUGCUCUUCGACGUCGUCUGCACGCUCACGGACUUGGAUUACGUGGUGUACCACGGCACCUUCGACACCGACGCCGAUCACGCGCAGCAGGAGUUCUACAUCAAGCGCUUGGACGGCCGGGCAAUCAGCUCGGAGGCGGAGAGGCAGCGAGUGAUCCAAUGCUUGCAAGCGGCGAUCGAGAGGCGCACAUCCGAGGGCGUGAGGCUGGAGCUGCGCAUCACCGACCGGCGCGGGCUGCUCGCGUACGUGACGCGCGUCUUCCGGGAGAACAGCCUCUCGGUGACGCACGCCGAGAUCACCACCAGGGACGACAUGGCGCUCAACGUCUUCCACGUCACCGACGUCGCCGGCCGCCCCGCCGACCCCAAGACCAUCGACGAGGUCAUCCACGGGAUCGGCACCGACAGCCUCCGCGUGGACGAGGAGCGGUGGCCGCGCCUCUGCUCCACGGAGGGGGACGACGCCGGCGCCGGCGCUGGGCUCUUCUCGCUGGGCAGCCUCGUCAAGAAGAAUCUCCUCAAAGUUGGCCUCAUCAGAUCCUGCUCGUGAAGGAAAGGACCGGAAGGUGUGUGACUUGUGUGAAUACGGGAUGUACAGGGGUUAGUUUGUAAAUUAAGUAGCCUGCUCUUUUUUUCUUUUUUCUAGGUUUGGUUGUAGUUACGUGUACAAAGUAGACACCAGGAAGUUGUUGGUCGGUACAAGCUUGGAGCUUUGGUGGGUCAUGUAUAUAUACGCUCCAUUUACGUGGAAGGGGACAAUAGAUCAGAUGUAAAUACGGUUGUGCAUAUAUGAUCAUAUACUCCCAGUUCCUUACA